AUGUCUCACGAUAUAGAUCUCUAUGAUCUUCUACGCAAAUUCUGGACAUUGAAGGAAAUUCCGUUAAAUACAAAACCGCAUCUUUCGUCAGAGGAACAAAAAUGUGAGGAUUAUUUUAUUACUACACACUUGAGAGAUGAACAAGGCCGUUACAUAGUUAAACUUCCCUUCAAAAAGUCCGUGGAUCUUCUUGGAGAUUCUCAUCCAAAAGCUUCAAAACUACUCGCAAAGAUGAUAUAUCGAUUAAAUCAAAACAAGGAGUAUUCUCAAGCUUACUCUGCCUUUAUCUCUGAAUAUGAGAAACUUCAACACAUGCAACUCGUGGAUGAGGAUCUAGCAUUAUCUCUAUAUACCUACUAUCUUCCACAUCAUGGAGUCUGGAAAGAACAAAGUCUCACGACAAAAUUACGAGUCGUGUUUAAUGAAUCCAGUCCCACAACAACAGGAUAUUCAUUAAAUGACAUACUUCACACGGGUUUAAAAUUACAAAACGACUUGUUUGACGUCUUGAUUUGGUUUCGAUUAUUUCAUUACGUCUUUUCUACUGACGUUGAGAAAAUGUUCCGGCAAAUAAAAGUUCACUCCGAACAUUGGCCAUUCCAGCGAAUACUGUGGAAGGAUGAUAAGAUGCGCACAUAUGAAUUAACCACGGUGACCUACGGGCUCGCUUGUGCACCUUACCUCUCGUUACGAGUCUUCCUUCAACUGAUACGAGACGAAGGAAAAAAAUAUCCUCUAGCGGUUCCAGUCUUGGAAAAAGGAAGAUAUGUGGACGAUAUAUUUGGUGGAGCAGAUACAAUCGAACAAGAGCAAGAGAAAUUACUAAGCAAUUAA